AUGGUUUAAUUUGUUAACGAAUUUGUAGAAUUUUGCAGAACCAUAGGAAUAUUGGAGAAAGAUUAAACUUUUGAAUCAACCCAAGACGACCUGAGUUAAAUGCUCUUCAUGCAUCUCGUAACCCUAAAUCGACAAUCAUUAAUUGAUUUGUCAAACAGAGUCUCCCAAAUAUGGCUAAUGCAAUAAACCAACCCAAAACCCAUUCAUCCAAAUAGUGCCAAGCAGUUCACUACCAGAAGCAAACACAGUCAAUCCACUCCCUAAGAGUCCAAAUCCUUGUCAAACAGCAACAACCAAUCCACAGUUUACCUCUACGAUUAAUACAUAAAGAAAGAAGAGAAAUAAAUUAUGCACCAAUAGAAAGUCAUCGAAGAUCAAUUGAAAGAGUGCACCUUCUAACCUCAAAUCUCCAAAAAGAGCCAACAACUAGACACGACAGCCCCAGUUUACGACAGAUUAUCACAAUUUGGAUACGAUCAAAAGAUGAAACACCAAAUCAGUAUGGAAAUCAAGACCAAAAGUGAAUUGAAGUAAUGCACUUUCAGACCCCAAGUCAAUCACAGUUUCUCAAAGAUCUUGGAAGGCGAUCCAUUCUCUCGUCUGUACCAAAAUGCCUUGUCCUAAAGACAGCCUAAACCAGUAAGCCAGGAAAAGACCUACUCCUUCAAACCACAAUUGGUAAGCUAACCAAUUGGGUAACAGGAGUACUUAUCGAUCCCAGUUGAAGAACGACUCUACAACCAUUUUUUUGAUUAGCAACAACAACUUGUACAACAGUAGGAGAAUGAAAGUUAGGCUAAGUUGGACGAAUGCACAUUCACUCCCAGUAUAAAUCAGUAUGGGUCUGCCUAAUAAGGUUCAGAGUAAAAAAUGAGAGUGUUUGAUCGACUUUACAAUAAAUCAUCAGCUGUUAAAUGUGCUUCAGAAAUCAAAGAGUAAAAUCCCAAUCAAUUUUCUAUUUCCAAACAAUCUGACAAGAUCAUCAAAAAGGCCAAUGGAGAUAAUUCCAAGUAUGUGUCCCAAUUUCAGAUUGACUAAACUCCCUUUGAUAGACUGCAUAGUGAACACAAAAGAAUUGAGAAGAAGAAGAAGGUCAAGGAGAAUCAGAUUUUCAGCAGCAUACCAUUCAAGCCCUAAACAAAUAAUAAUAAAAAAUGA